UUGAGAUAUCGGCCAGCUAUUGAGCAGCUAGUAGCUUGAGGGCAAUGUGAUCGACUCUUUUGAAGCUAUGCCGAUUAUUUGGUUGUUUUAAAGAUUGUCGUCACGUACUUUUUUUUAUCGUUAUUCGGCCUGCGUUUACAUUUCCAACCUAGAUUACUCUUCCAGCCAUGUCCACCGAGGCAGCAGCCGACCAGGCAGCGACAGAGUACAUCCCAGAGAAGGUGAAGAAGGCAGAGAAGAAGUUGGAAGAAAACCCAUAUGACCUUGACGCAUGGAGCAUUCUGAUUCGUGAAGCACAGAACCAACCUAUAGAUAAAGCAAGGAAGACAUAUGAGCGACUUGUCACGCAGUUCCCAAGUUCUGGCAGAUUCUGGAAACUGUUCAUUGAAGCUGAGAUCAAGGCUAAAAACUAUGACAAAGUAGAAAAGUUGUUUCAGAGAUGCCUCAUGAAGGUGCUACACAUCGACCUGUGGAAAUGCUACCUCUCAUAUGUCCGAGAGACCAAAGGAAAACUGCCAAGCUACAAAGAGAAGAUGGCACAGGCGUAUGACUUCGCCCUGGAUAAAAUUGGCAUGGAGAUUAUGUCAUAUCAGAUAUGGGUGGACUAUAUCAACUUCCUCAAAGGAGUUGAAGCUGUUGGCUCAUAUGCAGAGAACCAACGGAUCACCGCAGUACGGAGGGUUUACCAGAGAGGCUGUGUGAAUCCCAUGAUCAACAUCGAGCAGCUCUGGAGAGAUUACAGCAAAUAUGAAGAGGGAAUCAAUGUACACUUGGCCAAAAAGAUGAUUGAAGAUCGAAGCAGAGACUACAUGAAUGCCAGGAGGGUGGCAAAGGAAUAUGAGACUGUGAUGAAGGGGCUGGACAGGAAUGCACCCUCGGUACCACCCCAGAACUCCCCUCAGGAAGCCCAGCAAGUGGAAAUGUGGAAGAAGUACAUCCAGUGGGAAAAAAGCAACCCGCUACGCACAGAAGACCAGACCCUCAUCACAAAGAGAGUGAUGUUUGCUUAUGAGCAGUGCCUACUGGUGCUGGGCCACCAUCCUGACAUUUGGUAUGAAGCAGCACAGUACCUGGAGCAGUCUAGCAAACUGUUAGCAGAGAAAGGGGACAUGAAUAAUUCCAAGCUGUUUAGUGACGAGGCAGCUAACAUCUACGAACGUGCCAUUGGGACUCUACUGAAGAAGAACAUGCUUCUGUACUUCUCAUUCGCUGACUAUGAAGAAAGUCGAAUGAGGUACGAGAAGGUUCACAGCAUCUAUAAUAAGCUGUUGGCCAUUGAGGACAUUGACCCCACACUGGUCUACAUCCAGUACAUGAAGUUUGCCAGGAGGGCAGAGGGCAUCAAAUCAGGUCGCACCAUCUUCAAAAAGGCCAGAGAGGAUUUGCGCACACGUCACCACGUAUAUGUGACUGCAGCACUGAUGGAGUACUACUGCAGCAAGGAUAAAUCAGUGGCCUUCAAGAUUUUUGAGCUUGGUUUGAAGAAAUAUGGUGACAUUCCAGAGUACAUACUUGCGUACAUUGAUUACCUCUCACACCUUAAUGAGGAUAACAACACCAGGGUUCUGUUUGAACGUGUCCUCACCUCAGGAAGCUUGUCGCCAGAAAAGUCAGGUGAAAUCUGGGCUCGGUUCUUGGCUUUUGAGAGCAACAUAGGAGACUUGGCGAGUAUUCUAAAAGUAGAGCGGAGGCGGUUCACUGCCUUCAAAGACGAGUAUGAGGGCAAAGAAACAGCCUUGCUCGUAGACAGAUACAAGUUCAUGGACCUGUAUCCCUGCUCCGCUAGUGAACUCAAGGCUCUUGGAUACAAGGAUGUGUCUCGUGCCAAACUGGCAUCGCUGCUUCCAGAGACAGUGGUGGCACCGUCUGCGCCUGCACUAAAGGAUGAAGUUGACCGUAAACCUGAGUACCCCAAACCUGACACCAAUCAAAUGAUCCCCUUCCAGCCACGUCACCUUGCCCCUCCUGGUUUACACCCUGUCCCUGGUGGAGUUUUCCCAGUCCCCCCAGCUGCUGUUAUCCUAAUGAAGCUGCUCCCUCCGCCUACGUGCUUCACUGGUCCCUUCGUUCAAGUGGAUGAGCUCAUGGAAACUUUCAGGAGAUGCACACUACCUGAGACUGUUGAUGCUGCUGUAGAGCUCAUCACUGGCAGACAGCCUGAUGCAGGAGGGGAGGGCAAUGGAUCAAUGGAAAACCACGCUAUUGCCAAGUCACUCAAGAGGCCUAACGCAGACUCCGAUGAGGAGGAUGACAAAGGAGCAGUCGCUCCACCCAUACAUGACAUCUACCGCGCACGCCAACAGAAGAGGAUUCGAUAAGCCAACUGAAACACAUAGUGAACCCUACUAGAAUGUAAUCUUAACAGGUGGUAAAAUGGGGUAAAUGUCCAUAUCUCUGAGUGCGUCUGAACGAUAAUACUUCUGUUGAUCUCUGUACAGCAAGCAUACAUAUAUGCAGACACACACAUACACACACAGUAUGCACACUCGAGUGUUCUUGUGGCUUUUUUUGUUAACAGUUUUUAUUUUUAAAAACUGAUCAUUAUACUGUACAAAAUUUUUAAUUCAACUCUUGAUUUUGGCACACAGCUCAGUUUUGGCCUUGUGAUGUUACAGUGAUGGCAAAAUGGAAACAAGCUGUUUUUUUAGAUAACUGGGGGAAAAUAUUCCUUUCAAUAAAAGUGGAGAAGAAUUCAA